AUGGGUUCGGAACAAGAUAGGUUCGAGCCAGCCGCGGCAAGUGACAACCUCGAACAGCAUGCGCCAGACGUAAUUCAGUCGGCGGACGACUUGGACGAUGAUGAACACACUUUCACAGUGGACGAACCUGAACCUGAGCCACAGAACCAGCUACCCUCGCCCAUGUCGCAAAAGGGAACGAUGCACAACACUUCUCCUCAGCUGAGCCUUCCCGAGCGGCCGCAAGGGGUGAAAAGAAAGAGCACGUCGGACGAGCGAACUGUAGAUCCGGAAGCGACGACUGCUCUCAUAAUUUCCGACUUACACUGGUGGACAACUGAAGACGAGAUCCGUAGCUGGACUAACCAGGUCAACGCAGAACUCGAUCUCAAGGAGUUGUCCUUUUCCGAGCAUAAGGUCAAUGGCAAGAGCAAAGGUCAGGUCUACCUUCUCUUCCGCUCAGCGGGCGCGUCCACAGCUGUCAAGCACAAAGUCGAGACUCUCACAGACGGGACGAGCCAAAACCGCAAAUUCAGUGUCUCAUUCAGCAACCCUUCUUCAAAUCCGUUUAAGACGCUGCCCAAAGACGCGCCGGCUCGCUCAAAGGAGGAACGAUCGUCACGAGGAGCGUAUAACAACACAGGCCAUUCGAAAGGCGACUAUUUGGAUCGAGGGUCAUUCCGUGGCCGUGGGCGAGGAGGCUAUGAUCGAGGCGGCGGUAAUCGCAACUUUUCGGGUCCAUCGACGAAUGGAGGAUUCAACAGCAACAACAACAUUUAUGGUAAUAACAUGAACGCAGGAAGUAAUUUUGCAUUCACCGGCAGAGGUGGAAUGGUAGCGGGUAAUAUGCGUGCGGGCACAAUGAAUAUGCGCGGAGGACGAGGCGCAGCUAUGAAUAGUGCUAUGAUGAUGGGCUCCAUGGGGAUGCCAGCUAUGGGCAUGAAUCCAAUGAUGGCCGGUAUGGGCAUGCAAGGAUUCCAAGGCCACCAGUUCGGUGCUCCCAUGUACCAGCAGGCUGGUUUCGGUGGAGAAUGGGCACAACCUGGUGCCAAAAGACAGCGACUGGAUUGA